GAGCAGAUGGCCUGGUGAACUUAUAUACUCCCGGCAGGCAAGUGAAGUGCAUGCCUGUAUAGCUUGAGCAAGUAUUUGGCAGUUUGCUGCCAACUGCUACCCUAUUUCAAAUCUAGGUAAGAUCUAGCUGCAGGUUAUACAGAGAAGGCAAUGGCCGACUGCACUACGAUGCGUUUGGCUUCAUCUGUGACCAUCAUCUUGCUGCUGCUCGUAGCUAGCCAAGCUCUAGUAGUCUCUGGCGAGUCAUCUUCCUCCGCGAUGCAGUCCAAGACGUUGAACAUGAACAAGCUUCUCAACAUCAGUGAAGAUCACUCUCCUAAUGGCGGACGCCACUGGAUGCAGCGGAUGCAGCCGGACAGCUGCUCGGAGCAGAACGUGGUGGUGUACCAGAACAACGCGGAGCACCUCCCCAGCGGCAUCCCGACCUACAGCGUGGAAAUCAUCAACGUCUGCACGGCGUGCACGGUGUACGACGUCCACAUCUCCUGCGGCGAGUUUGCCUCCGCGGAGCUCGUCGACCCCAGCCAGUUCCAGCGUAUCGGCUUCAACGACUGUCUGGUGAAGGGCGGAGGCCGGUUGGGUCCUAGCGAGGCCGUCUCCUUCCAGUACUCCAACUCCUUCGCCUACCCGCUCGCCGUAGCUAAUGUCGCGUGUGAGUAGGUUUUUUCAGUGGAAAUGCGUGCGCAUGUGUUGUACGUAGUCGACUGGCCUAUUAGCUACGUACUGUCUUCGAUGUUUCAGACAUUCAGUUGAUCGAGCUUAUUUAUCUAUGGGUGACAUGCUUCGACUUUAUCUGCGCAAGUGCCUGGUGUGCAUUAUGUGGAGGACUAUAUAAUAGGUU